UGAAUGAAUUUGUUGACUGAGUAUUGAAAGAAGUGCAUUGCAAAUUAAUAGAUACCUUAUCAACUGUUUGAUAAUUUUGUCUUUGAUUGGGUGUAAACUCCAGUGCAAAAACUCUAAAUUAUUCAUUAGAAGGAAAAGACUAGAACUGUAUUAUUUGAAUAACAAUUCAUUCGCAAUGAACAUGCAAUAUCAGAAAGACUCGAUUCAUACUUGUUAUAGUAUGUUGCGUAAUUCGUUUGAGAACAUACAAUUCCGUCCUGAUAAUAGAGGCCGAAGUUAUAGAAAAGCAGUGUUGUUAUGUAUUAAUGGAGGAGUUGGGUUUAAAGACAUCAAACGGUUCUUAAACUGGAGGACUGUAAAAGAAUGGAUCAGGAAUUCUGUCUCCGAUGGAACAACCACAAAACCAAUUUGACAGACAUAUUCGGCAAAUUUCUCGAGGAAGAAGCGUUAGUGGAUGUGACACUGGCAGUGAACUGUGAUAGAUUAGACGACAACUUCAAGACAUUUAAAGCACACCAAACAAUUCUCUCAGCGUGUAGUCCAUAUUUUGAAAAGUUGUUUUUGCAAAAUAAACACCCACACCCUAUAAUUUUCCUUAGAGAUGUAACCGUAGCAGAAAUGCAAGUACUCAUACAUUUUAUGUACAAUGGGGAGGUAAAUGUAAAGCAGGAGGAAUUGCCGUCUAUAUUGAAGACAGCGACAGCACUGCAGAUCCGAGGGUUGGCAGAUUCGAGAGACCCGAACCCGAGAGUGGAGGAGCCUCAGCCCUUGCCGAUUCCAAAUGUGAGGACACCAGACCAAAGGCAUGCUCAGGCCGCCUCCCCUGAGAUGCGUAAACGGAAACGGUCUUCAAGUAGCGAUCAUGUUCCUAUUUCAGUGCCUCCUGGUAGCAGUAGUGGAAGCAGUGACAGAUACUCAGAGAAUCUGCCAAUACAGUGUCCGACAAGUUUAAAGUCAUCGCCUCCAUUUAUAAACUCCCAAUCAAAGACUGUACACCUGCCCAACUCCCCCAAUGAGCUAGACACUCCUCCAAUGAGCAUAAAACAAGAACCUCAACCACAUCUGCAUCACGACGAUGAUUUCGACGACUCGCGGCAUAACUUGGAUGACCACUCGUUGGAUGAUGACUCUGUGUCACAGCCUGUUCUCGGGCACCUGGAUCCAGAGAAGGAAGAGCCUCGUCACGACCAUUCAGAUUCUGUCGACGGCACUAGGUCCUGGCACAUGCGGAUGGUGUUUGACAGGCUACCUGGUUUCUCCAACCUCCAUCGCUGCAAGUUGUGUGGCAAGAUUGUGACACACAUCCGCAACCACUACCACGUCCACUAUCCGGGUCGCUUUGUCUGCCCCAUCUGUAGUGCGACGUACACACGUAGUGACAACCUGCGCACUCACUGUCGCUACAAGCACCCCUGCGCCGCGCUCAAUCAUUCACGCGGAGAGUACAACCGCUCAGGUCCACCUCCUAGUCCUGAGCUCAGACUGGCUCCGGCACUUGAGUGAUCCUAUGCCAGUUCCACUUGUUUCCUUCAUCUCUUGCCUUAUUCAAGUUAAACAAGAUGCGUUGUUGUUAUUAAUUAAUUUUAGGUCUAAGUGUUCAUUUUACGUUUAUUGGCAUGAUUAGCCUGUUGCUUCAUAGACUACUAUAGAAAUAUAAAUAGAACAAAAAUUACACCGAAUAAGGAAAUAUUAAAAAUUGUUUGCCCUUGGUUUUGUUCUAUUUAUAUUCAUGAAUGAUUAUUGUUGAUUAUUUCUGUUUUUAUACUUAAAGGUUUAAGUUUGUUUUGAUAAAGUAAAUCUGUGCAAUAUUUAAUUAUUAAUUAAUACUUUUAAUUCUUGCAUCAAAUGUAUUGUCUUUCAACAAUCAUUUGCAAGUUUUCCAGUCAAACUUGGAUCCAAUUAAUGUUAUGUUUUCUGUUAGUGAAUGGAAAAAAGCUGAAAGCUUUUUAAGAAAGCCAUACAAUGAAUAUAUUUAUUAGGCGUUUACACAGUAUUUGAUAUAAUUCUCAAAAUAUAUAUUGUAGCGCUGUAUUAUUUGGUAUACAAAUUUUAUUGAAGGCUUCAUACAAAUCUGCUGAUUAAAAGUUGUAUUUAACAUUCAGAUUGUUUUACCAAUAAAAGCGAGCAAUAUAAGUUUGUACAGCUUUGUCCAAACAGAACCGGCCCAUAGCAAGUUGACAAUUUGUAUGGAAAUUACGUUGUUGUCAGUUUUUGUUGUAUUUGUGAGUUACUAAUGAUCCAGUAAUUUUAGCAUCAACACAAGUCCUGUAAUUAAUUUUUGUAUUUAUUACUAGAUUUCCCAUAAGACCCAGAACUAAGAAAUAUAUAUUAAUAGUAAACUUCAGGACAUGUUUAGAAUGGUUUUUCAAAACUUGUGCAUGUAUGGACAUUCCAAGUUGUAUCUCAAUCAAAAUCUGUCAAAUGUGGCCAAUAUCUCUCUUUCUGGAUUAUCUUGAAAAAAUGUUAGUUCUCAAGAAUUUUUUAUUUUAGUAAACUCUUUAAAUUAGCUUGAAAUAAAAAAAAUCAUUAUAAAAAGUGAAAGUCAUAAGUGCCUUCGUAGUUAUAUACCUGUUUUAAGUGUUGAUGCUUAUAACCUAGAACGUUUCAAUAUUACAAAUUUUCCAAAUCAAGAAGGAAAGAGAUGAUUUGCACCAAGUUUAAACCCUUUUUGCUUUGAUUUCAUGGUCUUAACUCAAGAGGGUGUGUUUGGUCUGUUCUUUUGUUUUAAAUAACUAUUAUUGUGGGUUUGAACUAUUAUUUAAUUUCAGGUAUUUAAAUAAUAACGAGAAAUAACAAGGGAAAUGUUGAAUUUUCAACAUUGGAAAAAGGUUUUAGAGGUCUUCCUAAAAACAGAGACAAACACAUAGAAUGAACGUUUAAAAAAAUAUUUUUCAAAGAUAAAUUCAUUUUAUAAAGUAUCCAUCCUUUAAAUUUUUUUUAGUUAAAGCUAUUUUCAUUAGAAAGGAUAAUAGGAAUAUAAGAACAUAUUUGCUAUUGUUGUAUACAUUAUCAAUUUUUAAGCUAAAUUUGUUACAACAACAGAAACUCAUGUGGCAUCUUUUGAGCCUGACAUCUACUUCUCAACAAGAUGAGAAAUGUCAAUAGUUAAUCCUGCUAUCCAACUAAGUAUAUUAACUUCCUUUUAAUAUUUAUAAUUUUUGGGGAUAAACAGUAUUUGAUAUAAUGUGCUCAUGUGGCUUUUUAUUAUGAAGAAAUGCAGAUUAAUAAUUGCCUAUUUUUAUUAUUUUCUUCAGCAUAUAAAAUACAAGUUUUUUGUAAAACAUAAAUUUUCUUAUUUUUUGGUCCUCCAUUUCGAAAUAUUUAUAUAUUUUGAUUUAAUUUUGCCAUUAAGUAUGCCAAAUUUGAACAAAAUUGGUUGAAAAUUGCAACAUGUAGGAUGUUCAGACACACAUUAUAUAUAAAUUCAUCAUGUGUAUUAUACAGUUUUUAAAAUCAGUGUGGAUGCUAGAAUUUAUACAAUUUUACUCUAGUAAGCUUUUGGGUGUUAAUACAUGGUUAAUUGUAUUGCAAGCUCAUUUCCCUGUGGAAACUACUAAUAAUGAUAAUUUGUAGUGAUUUAAAUUAAUGGUUUUAAAUCAAAUUUACAAUCAAAUCAAUGCUGGCAAUGGAUGUCUGAAGACCUGUAGUUUUGCUCUUAAAAAUAUUAAAUACUAAAAGUAUAUAACUUAAAAAAAGUAUUGACUUAAAAAUAAAAGUUGAUUUUAAUUAAUUGACUUAAAUUGACAAAUCAAGUAUUGAUUCGUUCCAACUUGCAAUAAUUCAUGUCAUACGUUCGAACUGAAUUUAUGAUCACUAUGAUAUUUAUAUUCACUAUAGAAACUGGAUUUUAUUUUCGAGAAAUAGUAACAAUAUUUCAGUCCUGCUUUGUGUUGUUAUUGUAAUAAACACAAAUAAAUGUUGAUAAACGUUAAAGUUUUUACACUUGGAUUCAUGCAACAAGGUAAUGUAGUUAGAGCUGUAUUUAUUUAUAGAUUAAGUUAUUUCUAGUACUACAAGGGAAACAUUUAUAAUAAUGGGUAAUGCAGGUAAUGUUUAUAACAUUGGCAAGGACACUGUCUAUACCAAGACACUUAAAGUAAAAUGCUUGAUAAAGAAUGGAAUUUAUGUGAUGUAAGUUCUCUUGUUUUUAAGUGUUAAAAUAAUUUAUUUAUUAUAACAUUUGUAAAUAGUGUUAAAUUAUUAUAGGAUUGUUUAUGAAAUUUAUUUCUUUCUUCAUUGUAAUGUAAUUAUAUGAAAAGAAAGUUAAUAUACUUUAUAUUAUAACAAGACAAAUUACUUUUUUUAUGAAAAUAUGUAGAUACAUUGUGAUAAGCCAGAUAAUAUAAAUAAAAUAUUGCUUGAAUAUCAAAAGGAAUAUAUAACAAUCUGUGAUUUAACAUGAAGGUCCUCUUCAUUAAAGUGCCUUUUUAUGACUACAGCUCACUAAAUGUAUACAUUUUACUACUGUAUUUAAAGAUUACUAUUAAACUGCAUGAACCCCUGUCAGUUCCAAAGUUUCUUUAAUAUUAUUAUACUUAUAUUUAAGUAAAUAAAAACCUUAUUAUUUAGUGCUUAGCCAUAUAAUGUAUUAUUAUUAUUAUUAUUUCUAUUUCUGAUUUUCCCUGGAAAUCAUAUUUUUAUUUUGCAAGUACUUAGAAAUAUAUUGUGUUAAUGCUUUUGUAUUUUCACAAUAAAUAUUAACAUUGUACUUUAUAAGUGUGUAGUAUAGUGUAUUUCUGUAUUUAUAUUUAUUUUGUUAUGACUGAUAGCUUUAUGUAGAGUUAAACUCAAAAUAAUUUGUAUAUUUUGUAUAUGAAAGUCUGAAAGGUGUCAGUUGUUAAAGAUUUAAUUAAAAUAUGAGAUAUAUAAUUAGUCAAAAUAUAAUUUUUAUUGGUUAAAACCAAUAAAUAUUGGUUGGUGCAUGCAUGCAAUGAUAUAUUUAUGUGUGUUAAUGUAUGUGAGAAGAAUUAGCUUAUCAGUGGUGUCUUCAUAUUUUAUUAAUAAUAAAUGUAUUUUUGUAGUAGGUGUGUAACUGCUAAUUUUACACAGUUCAAGAACAUGUCAGUAAUAAUUAAUUAAAAUUGCUAAGGUUGGCGUAAUGAAUAAAUUGUCCUUUAAAAUAAGAAACUUAAAUCAUGAAUUUCAAUUAUAUGUAAGUGAUCAAUAAAGAUUUAAAUUUCAGGGGAUGCCCAUCCCAUUUAGAAACCUCCUUGAUUCACUUAAGGUUAUUUCCUACAAAUUAGUUAUUUAAUUUUCAAACAAAAUAUAUAGUUCAUUAAAAGAUUUUAUAAUAUUAACUGUAAUUUUUUUAACUAUUAUAUUUUUAGUAUAUUCCUCAAAUAUUUCACUUCUCGUUAAAAUGUAAUGUAAUUUAGAGCAAUAAGUAAAAUUAUAUUUCAAUUACAUACACAGGGACUUUUCCAAAUUCAAUACUUUUUACAUGUUCACACAAUUUAAAAGUCUGUUUUAUCUGUUAGAAAUCCAAAAUAAUUACAUACUGUAUUUAUUUUGUAAUACAAUUUUUAUUUAAUAAUCAAAUAUCACCAGCUGCUCAAGUUUUCAGUAAUUACGUAGACAGUAUUAAUGUGUAAUAUCCUUAAAUAAAUAUAUAUUUUUCCAGGUUAAGUGUUAGAGAGGGCUUCUUAGCCCUAACUUCGCCUGGUAAAAUAAGACAUUCUUUACUUUUUUUUACUUUUUAUUUUU